CUCGGUCUCCACGGCAACAAGCUGAGAGGCGCUUGAGGCGCAGAGGAUCGUAGGGAGCGCUGCGAACCCACAGUAUCGGGGACACCAUGUCCGUGAUUGUGGCUCAGUCUCUCCACAUCUUUGGGCUCCGCUCUCGAGUCGCAAACAAUGUUUGUUACUUUGAUGAACAGAUAAUAAUAUACCCCUCGGGGAACAGCUGUGUGAAAUACCACCUAGAGCAGAAAUGGCAGAAAUUCAUCCAAGGAUCUGAGAAGAGUCAGGGGAUGUUAGCACUGGCCAUGAGUCCAAAUCGACGCUACCUGGCUGUCUCUGAGAUAGUGCAAGAGAAACCCACUAUCACAAUUUAUGAAUUGUCAUCUGUCCCAUGUAAAAAGCGGAAAGUACUUAGUGUCUUUGACUUCCCUGUUCAGGAAUUUGUCAGCCUAGCCUUUUCUCCUGAUUCUAAGUAUCUGGUGGCCCAGACUGGACCCCCCGAGUCAAACCUUGCCUAUUGGAUGUGGGAGAAGCAGAGAACAAUGGCAGUUGUCAAAGCCGACAUUCAGAACAACCCUGUCUAUCAGGUGAGCUUCAAUCCCCAGGAUAACACCCAGGUUUGUAUCACUGGAAAUGGCAUUUUUAAACUUUUCAGAUACACUGAGGGAACUUUGAAACAGACCAACUUUCAGAGGGGAGAGCCUCAGAACUACUUGUCCCAUGUCUGGCUCACUGAGGACAGGGUUAUGGUCGGCACUGACACAGGCAAACUCUUUCUCUUUGAGUCUGGAGAUCUGCGCUGGGAGACAAGUAUAGAAUGCAAAGAACCUCCCAGUGAAGUGGAAAAGGAUGAGCUGGCACAUGAAUCUGAGAGCCUCAUUGAAUUUCCUACUGCCAGUUCCCCUGAUCUCUCCAGUGAGAUGCUCUGUGAAGCGGUUGGCCAACAGCAUGCUUCCUUGCCUCAAAUCUCUGCCAUUGCUGGUUAUUCCAAAGGUUUUGCAUGUUCAGCUGGGCCUGGAGUUGUUCUACUGUUUGAGAAGACUGAAGAGAAAGAAGGUUACAGGGAGAACCGAGAAAUCCGGAUUCCCCAGGAUCAGCGCAGCAGUGACCCAAAUCAGUCAGACAAGCAGGAUGUUACGUGCAUGUGUUUUAGCCCCUCAGAGGAAACGCUGCUCAUUAGCACCAGUAGAAAUCAGCUCUACAUCUUUACCAUGUCCUCAACUGAGAUAAUUAAGGGGGAACUAGCUCACUUUGAGUAUCUGAAUUUCCCAUUACAUUCCGCUGCCAUCACUGGACUGGACACCUGUAUCCGUAAACCCCUCGUUGCUACUUGUUCCCUGGACAGAUCUGUACGCAUCUGGAACUAUGAAACCAACACUUUGGACUUGUAUAAGGAGUACCAGGAAGAAGCAUAUGCAGUUUCUCUUCAUCCCACUGGCCUUUACGUUUUGGUUGGGUUUUCUGACAAACUACGGCUUAUGAACCUGCUAAUUGAUGACAUCCGUACUUUUAAGGACUUCACUGUGAGAGGGUGCAGAGAGUGCACCUUCAGUAAUGGGGGUCAUCUUUUUGCUGCAGUUAAUGGAAAUGUGAUUCAUAUUUACUCCACCACCAGCUUUGAGAAUGUUAAUAAUCUGAAAGGACACAAUGGGAAGGUGCGCUCAGUCGUAUGGAGUGCAGACGACAAUAAGUUGAUUUCCUGUGGCACAGAUGGUGCAGUGUAUGAGUGGAGCUUGUUGACGGGUAAGAGGGAGUCAGAGUGUGUGCUCAAGUCCUGCAGCUACAGCGGUGUUGCCAUCUCUCCUGACGCCAAAAUCAUCUUUGCUGUUGGAUCUGACCAAACGCUCAAGGAAAUUUCGGAUUCUUCGAUCCUGCGUGAAGUGCCUACUUUUGAUGUUACUUAUACUGCAAUAGUUGUGUCUCAUUCUGGGCGCAUGGUGUUCACAGGCACUUCAGUGGGGACCAUCCGAUCUAUGAAAUACCCACUGCCUGUGCACAAGGAGUUCAAUGAGUAUCAGGCCCAUGCUGGCCCUGUUACCAAGAUGUCCAUAACAUGUGAUGACCAAUUUCUGCUGACCGGCUCAGAGGAUGGCUGCCUGCUUAUCUGGAAAGUGUAUGAUAAGGAAGGACGGGGUCUGAAACGGGAGAAGGAAGUGGGAUAUGCUGAAGAGGUGCUGAUCACAAAAACAGAUAUGGAAGAGAAGACUCAAGUCAUGCUAGAACUGAAGACUCGUGUGGAGGAGCUGAAGAUGGAAAAUGAGUACCAGCUACGACUCAAGGACAUGAACUACAAUGAGAAGAUGAAGGAAUUAACUGAAAAAUUCAUCCAAGAGAUGGAGUCCCUUAAAACCAAAAAUCAGGUGUUAAAGGCAGAGAAAGAAAAGCAGGAACUACAGUACCAGGAGCAGCUGUCUGAGCUGAUGGAAAAACAGUCCAGGGAGAUGCAGGACCUAGAAUCUGGCAACAACCAGAAACUUUUGUUAGAGUAUGAAAAAUACCAGGAGCUGCAAGUGAAAUCCCAGCGGAUGCAGGAGGAAUACGAGAAGCAGCUACACGAUAUGGAGGAGACCAAGAACCAGGCCCUGGAGGAGCUGACAGAAUAUUAUGAGGCAAAACUGCAUGAGAAAACCACCUUGCUGGAGGAGGCACAGGAUGAUGCGAGGCAGCAGCUUCGAGAGUUUGAAGAAACUAAGAAACAGAUUGAAGAAGAUGAAGAUCGGGAAAUCCAGGAAAUCAAAAUCAAGUAUGAGAGACGACUUCGGGAAGAGAGAGAAUCAAACCUGCGGCUGAAAGGAGAGACAGGAAUCAUGAGGAAAAAGUUCAAUAGCCUACAGAAGGAGAUUGAAGAGCGCAGCAAUGACAUUGAGACAAUGAGAAUGGAACAGCAGAAGCUGCAAGGUGUCAUUAAGUCAUUAGAGAAGGAUGUUCUGGGACUGAAGAGAGAGAUUCAAGAAAGAGAUGAGACUAUCCAAGACAAGGAGAAGCGGAUUUAUGACCUAAAAAAGAAAAACCAGGAGCUGGAAAAGUUCAAGUUUGUACUGGAUUAUAAAAUAAAGGAGCUGAAGAAGCAAAUAGAACCCCGUGAGAAUGAUAUCAAAGCAAUGAAGGAGCAGAUCCAGGAGAUGGAGGGAGAACUGGAACGUUUCCACAAGCAGAACAUGCAGCUGGAACUGAACAUCACAGAGCUGCGACAGAAGCUAAAGGCCACUGACCAUGAGAUGCACAAGGAGCAGCAGAAGGAGCGAGACAUGGAAGCUCUUGUCAGGCGGUUUAAAACAGAUCUUCAUAACUGCGUGGGCUUCAUCCAGGAGCCCAAAAAACUGAAGGAGGGGAUCCGGGAACUGUACGACAAAUACGUGCAGCAGGCAGACAUGGUGGAAAUUGUGGGGGUUGACACAGAUCUGCAGCAGGAAUACACCCGGCAGAGAGAGCAUCUUGAGAGGAAUCUGGCAACACUGAAGAAGAAGGUUGUGAAGGAAAGUGAGAUCCACCGAGCUGAUAAUGUGCGCAUCAUGCAGGAAAAUGUGAGCCUGAUUAAGGAAAUUAAUGAACUGCGGAGGGAAUUGAAGGUGACCCGCACACACGUGCAUGAUCUCCAGUCAGCACUAGGACUACACAGAAAAAACAAGAAGCAAGGGAUCCCAGACACAGUUCCUUCCCAUGAACUGCUGCCCAGUCCCAGUGUGCUGAGGUUGAAUGUAGAAGAGGAAACAGAAAGAAUCAUAGAAAUGCAACGGCUGGAAAUCAAACGCCUUCGAGACCAAAUCCAAGGGCAGGAGCACAUCCUUGCUCUUCGGCCUCUGUCAGGUGGGAGGCUUCCCAUGCUGGAGAUUGAAAGGAGCCAUGGGACACAGCCACAAUGAUGCAAUCUAAGGAAAUUCUACACGAUUGCUUCUACUGAGAGGAUUAGAAAUCCUGGAACCAGAUCAGACUAUUUUUCCCUGUUCUGUCCUGUAACCUUCCCUGUUAAUCAAAUACUCCCCCACAAAAUACUCUCUGCCUUAAUCUUCUCCCCUCUGAGAAAGAGACACUCCAAACUCGCACACACACACACCCUCUCUGUGCUGCACUCUCCCCUCUGAACAGAAGCUGAGCUGAGAGGAAUGGAAAUAAUAAAUGUGCGAAUGCCGAUAGCACCAUCUGACUGGUGUGUGUGCAGAUCUCUGGGAAAGCAAGAGUCACUGAAAAAUCAGAUGCCACAAUUCAGAGGGGUUAAAUAAAUACUGUAACUCUCUUGUGGUUUAGUAUAAUAUAUUGCUGGAAGGUUCUCCAGAGCCCUUUAUUCUGAAAUGCUGAAUGACUAGUCAAUGCACAGUGACAUCCACACAGGACAUAAGAGAGAUGGGAAUAAGAACAGUGAAAUAUGUUCUAAGCAACUUCCCAAAUUACUGGCAAAAUUUUGUCGUCCUGUAAAGAUAAUCUUUAGCUAGUGAUCAGACAAAAUUGGCCAACAGUCUGUAUGGUCUGGUACCUAUAAAUGUAUCAGCUUACUCACUGCAGAGCAGUCAUCAUCCACAAAAUAUACCAUGAGUCAGGAAAGAGCCCCAGUAUCAGCGUACAAAAUCUGCCUCUCAACCCAAGCCUCUUGUUUCACUUCUUCUGUUAUAUUGAUCUCCUGCUUAUCUCCAUGCUUUCCUCCUAACAUCUGAAACUCUCUUUUAUCGCAGAUAUACAGGGCAACCACUCUUGCUUUUUUCAAACAGUUCUUGAAGAGUGACUUCUCAAUGUAACCCCAUUUUUUAAAGUUCUGUCACAAACCUAACA